AUGUCAGUAGCUGUAAUACAAGGAUCAUCAGGUGCUCUCGGACUUGCAUUAUCUAGACAUAUCUUGAGACAUACCGACCUUUCAGUAUACGCAUUAACGCAUCGAAGUUCAUCUCAAGAAUCUGAUGUACUGAGAGACGAGAUAUUAGAUGGAUCCAACAAAGGGAAGGAAAGGCUGAAUGUCAUUGGUGAUGUGGAUAUAACUAAUGAAGAAGGUCUAAGUAGAGCUGCAGAGUUGGUCAAAGGGAGAGAAGGUGAUAGGGUCAGAUUGGUAGCUUGUAUGGCUGGUAUAUUGACUCCCGAGAAAUCAUUAUCUGCAAUCGACCCUUCUACUGCUCUUGCCCAAUUUCAGAUAAAUACAAUAGGACACUUAUUAACAUAUAAACAUUUCGUUCCUCUUAUUCCAUCGAAAAAGAGAUUCAACACUUUAUCCUCCGGCUGGUCACAAGAUGAAGAUGGUGAUCCUGCUCGUGGAUUGAUUUUCAAAGAUAAUAGUUUAUGUUGGUCGAUGAGUGCUAGAGUGGGUAGUAUAUCUGAUAAUGAGAGAGGUGGAUGGUAUUCCUAUCGAGCAUCAAAAGCAGCGUUAAACCAAAUAAUACGUACUUUGGACCACGAAUUGGUGAAUAAAAACUCAUCAGCUGUGGCAGUUGGAUAUCAUCCAGGAACAGUUAUCACAGGAUUCACUAAACCUAUAAUAGGAUCAAAUGCUAAACCUGAUCCUGAAAAUGGAAAGUUUGAUAUAGAUCAAGCUAUUCAACGGAUGACGGGAGUAAUGGGGAAAAUCAAUAGAACGGAUGAUGAUAAAUGGAAGGGGCGAUGUUGGGAUUGGAAAGCUGAAAAAAUACAUUGGUAG